GGGACGUCCCAAGUGUAUCAUAUAUAUAUCGCCUGUUGUAAGGACAACAGUCUUGCAUCUCGCGUGAUAUUAGAAAAACAAUAAUGGCUGCUAUGUGGGAGUGGAUUCGGAGCACUUUUUGGAGUGAAUGGUUUUGGUUGCCUCCGCAGCAUAGCUGGAAGGAUUUGGUUAACCGUGAUGAUGGAAUUUAUCUACCACAAGUGUCCGAUAUGCUUGUCACCGUGCCUCUUACAGUGUUGAUGCUCGUAUUGCGAGCGCUAUUCGAAAGAUACAUUGCAGGACCCAUAGGUCGGUAUUAUGGUCUCAAGGCAGACGGGGCCAAGCAUGUCGUACCGAACCCUUAUCUCGAGAAAAUAUUUGGACAAAAUAAAACACCAGAUAAAAAUUCGUUUUUGAGCAUAUCAAAACAAACAGACCUGAGCGUGAGGCAGGUUGAAAGAUGGUUCAGGAUAAGACGAAUGCAGAGCCGAACCAUUGUUCUCUAUAGAUUUACAGAAUCAAGUUGGAGGUUUUUGUUCUAUCUGGUCAUAUUUUGGUAUGGAUUGAUAGUGCUGUGGGAUAAAAGCUGGUUAUGGGACACCAUGGAGUGUUGGAUAGGAUAUCCACGCCAUCAUAUCUCCCCAGAAAUCUAUUGGUACUAUGCAGUGGAAGCAUCCUUCUACCUCUCACUUUUAAUUACACAGUGUAAAGAUGUCAAAAGAAAGGAUUUCGCUGAGAUGUUUAUCCACCACGUGGUAACACUUAGCCUCAUGUUCCUAUCAUGGUCGCAGAAUAUUGUGAGAUUUGGGACACUCAUCCUCGUCUUGCAUGAUGCUGUGGACUCCUUGUUGGAGGCAGCCAAGAUGGCCAAGUACCUGAAAUGGCAAAAAACAACAGACGCAGUUUUUGUCAUAUUUCUACUCGUUUGGGUCAUCACAAGAAUGAUUCUAUUACCAUAUAAGUUGAUUUACACUGCAAUGUUCGAGUCUACGACCAUUGUGGGCUUCUGUGCAAUAUACUUCUUAUACAAUGGCCUGCUCAUCGUCCUGCAGAUUCUGCACAUAUUCUGGUUCGUCAUUAUCAGCAAGAUGGCAUACUCCGCCCUGAAAAAAGGAAAAAUUGCAAAGGAUGACAGAAGUUCAAGCGAUGAAGAAAUAUCGGAGGAUGAUGUUACCAAUCACAAGUCUGAUCAUGUAGCUAAUGGCAACAAUCUAACCAAUGAUAGCAGAGAAAAAUAUUUGUCAACCAAUGGAAAGAUUGGAACAAACGGAGACAUUAUUCUGUCCGACAGCAACCAGAACAGAUUAGAGAGAGGGUUUUAGUGAGGAUCUAUUUGACUAUACUUCCAUGUUUUCACUUGUCUUUGUUUAUGAUUACAUUUACUAAUAUUCUUUGUUCUCACAAGAUUCUUCAUUGGAGUAGCAUCACAUGAAGUUUAAAACUCUGAAUGGCCAUUAAGCAUAGCUUUAAAACCAUUUACUGUCUUUUAACAUCCCACAUUUAUUUAUCUUGUACAUUUUAUCAUAUCUUAACCUAUGCAAAAUCUGCAGAAUAUUGUAAUGUAUAAUGUGAAUGACACUUUGCAAAUGUAUGCAACUUUUGUCCAGUGUCUUGAUUUCAUAAAAUGCAUGAAAAAACAGUAUCUUAUGAGGCGUAUUAUGAAGUACAAAUUGUUGUUUAUGUGCAGGUGCCCUGUUGAUUUGUAGUCUAAGUGGUAUGUAUUGACUUUCUAUGUGUGAAAGAUGUCAUAGACAGAUCAGAUGUUUCCUCAUUGCCUAAUUCUCUGUGUUUGAAAUUAGUUUUCGAAAUCAGCGGAUGCUGCUGUUGAGAUGAUGUAAUCUCAUUAAAAUCAGAUCUUUUCCUCCAACGUGUCACCUCUCUCCAUCAAGAUCUGAUAAACCCGUCGUAGGAUGGGACAUCAGGUGAGCUCUUGAGGCUUCAUAAUUCUUAGUACGAGCAGAGCUCCAGAUAAGCUUUUGGUGUUGUGGGUAUUUUACCCAUCCAUUUUAAAAUCAUUGGGUAUCAGUAAUUCUAUCUGCGUAUUCAAAUUUCUGUUACCCACUAGUUUU